CUCCCAUGUCGUCGCUAACCUGCGCAGCUUAAGCUCUUUCUCUUUUCUUUGUCUCUCUCGAUCUCAAAUACUACAGAUAUAGAAACGGAGAUCGCUUGCUCACUUGCGCAGAUUCAGAUCAGUUUCUAAGGCUUAUCUCCAUGGCUGCUCCACCUGCAAGGGCUCGUGCUGAUUAUGAUUACCUCAUCAAGCUUCUUCUUAUCGGCGAUAGCGGUGUGGGGAAGAGUUGCCUUCUCUUGCGCUUCUCUGAUGGGUCCUUUACUACCAGUUUUAUUACCACCAUUGGUAUUGAUUUCAAGAUAAGAACCAUCGAGCUUGAUGGCAAACGGAUCAAAUUGCAAAUCUGGGAUACAGCUGGUCAGGAGAGGUUUCGAACCAUCACAACAGCUUACUAUCGAGGAGCCAUGGGUAUUUUGCUGGUGUAUGAUGUUACUGAUGAGUCAUCUUUCAACAAUAUUAGGAACUGGAUUCGCAACAUUGAACAGCAUGCUUCUGAUAAUGUCAACAAGGUAUUGGUGGGGAACAAAGCUGACAUGGACGAAAGCAAAAGGGCCGUGCCAACCUCCAAGGGUCAAGCUCUUGCUGAUGAGUAUGGUAUCAAGUUCUUUGAAACUAGUGCAAAAACAAAUUUGAAUGUGGAGGAGGUUUUCUUUUCAAUAGCUAAGGAUAUAAAACAAAGGCUUGCAGAAACUGAUUCCAAGGCUGAGCCUCAGACAAUAAAGAUUAACCAACCAGACCAGGCAGCCAAUGGUGGUCAAGCUCCCCAAAAAUCAGCUUGCUGUGGUUCAUAAAGGAAAUGAAAAUAUGCGAGACCAGGGGAAGGUUCUUCAAGUGACACUCCUGCAGGUGAAAAACUAGUUGUCAUAACAAUAUGGUGGGCACUUGUUUCCGUUCCUAUCAUUUUUUUCAACUACUGGCUUUGGCAUGUUAAAGUUAUUUUUAUAAUUAUUUUGUGGAAUUUAUUCUAAGAGUACUCUCUUUUGUCACCUCCUCCUUGUCUCUCCCACCGGUUCUUAAAUCUUUCAUUUUCUUUUACCUUUUUUGGGGGAUUGGUAUCACAGUGAACCCUGAUAUAUCUGUUGCUCUUCUUGAUGUAGAAAAGAUAAACUGAAGUGGCCUUCUUUGUGUUUCAGAAAAAUGGGUUGAGUGUCUCAAUCUGUAACUCAGAGUAUAAACUGCUCCUGUAUGUGCAUCCAGAAAAUGUUUGAUUAACUGGGAAACUCUUAAUCCUUAGUAAAGUUUGUCUUUGAUGAUUCUCA